AGCUGUUGCAACCCACUUAGCAUGGGAGCUAUCAAGUCGAUUAUUGAAAAAAAUGUUCCCGGGGUCUAUGUUCACUCAUUAGAAAUUGGGAAUGGAAUUGUUGAGGAUAUGGAAAAUGGUUUCUUCAAGAACACAAAUGACCAGAUUGAACUUGCAUGCAAGAAGAUAUCGAUGGACGACAAACUGCAGGCAGGUUACCAUGCCAUGGGAUUCUCACAAGGUGGACAAUUCUUAAGAGCAGUAGCACAACGGUGUCCAAACCCACCAAUGAAAAAUUUGAUCUCCUUUGGCGGACAACAUCAAGGUGUCUAUGGGUUCCCAAGAUGUCCUGGUGACAAUUCUACCUUGUGCAACAUAGUACGUAAGCUACUAAACCUAGGUGUAUAUACUGACUUUGUUCAAAAAGGUCUUGUUCAGGCACAGUAUUGGCAUGAUCCGCUGAACGAGGAAUUGUACCGAAACAAAAGCAUUUUCUUGGCCGACAUCAAUCAGGAAAAUGUAAAGAAUCGGACCUAUAAAGCCAACUUAAUGAAGCUGGAAAAUUUUGUCAUGGUUAUGUUUGGAGAUGACACAAUGGUUGAUCCAAAGGAAACAGAAUGGUUCGGUUACUACACACCCGGGCAGGCUCGUAGAGUCGCACCCUUGAGAGAGACACCCAUGUACACCGAGGAUUGGCUUGGACUCAAACAGAUGGACAAACAGAAGAAGUUGCAUUUUCUGGUGUCACCUGGGAACCACCUGCAGUUCACAGACACAUGGUUCAUUGCUAAUAUUCUGAGGCCAUUUGUCAUGAAAUGAACCCGGCGAUCAGUCACUAUAGUGUGAUGUAAAAAGCGGGUUUUGUCGAGGUGCUAGUGGACGUUGGAAAGAUACAAUAGGGGUUGCUCACUAUGCGUUUAGUGCUGACUGAGAAUACACAAGUGCUGCAUGUAAAAUGUAGAUAUAGCCGUCUCCGUGUUUCUUUCAUGGUUUCGAGUAUGCUAUGCGACGUUCUUGUCUUGUUCUUAAUAAUAUUGUAUUUUGAUUUGUAAUAUAUAUUGAUACAAUUUAAUGGUUCAAGGAUGGACUCUGGGUUGUAAGUGAAAUUUGGUCAAAAUUCCAAUACCCAUUUUAUUUGAUAUAUGGCGCCUCUGGGCAGCUAUGUAUAUGUAGAUUAUUAUGUCUGUGGUCUCCCAAACAGUUCAAAAUCCCCGCAUAUGCCUAUCUGGCUGUGAAAUCCUCGGCUCGCCAUUUAAGUAUGCAACUCCUAGUGACGUCAUUAGUGCUCACUAUCUCAGAAUGUACUGCGUGCCACCCCAACUUGCUGUUGCUGCAGGCGUUUGUAUACACAGAAAUGAUGACAUCACACCGUGCAUGAAUUAGUGGGCGGUGAAAGGGAGAUUGAAACAGAUCAGUUAUUUUGUUGUUAUUUAUAACAGCACAAUUUUUUUCAAGUUUGUUGAUGUUAAUCGACCACAGAUAUGUCGGAGUGAGUACCAACAGUAGUAAUUGUACAUACCUUGGCCAAUUCUAAACACAUUCGUUCAAUCAUUGUAGAAUGUAGAAUAUCGUGAAUAUCUCCGUUGUACGUAUUGGGCCCUAUUUUUCGACAUUCGCACACUCGUGUAUUCAUGUCAUAGGAUUGGGCCCAGUUGUUGAUGAUUCCCCUGAUUUCUCGGAACUGACAACCAUGAUGUAAAAAUAAUUGCUUUUUGCUUUUUAUUGCGAGUAAAUGGUGUCUGGAUUUAUUUGUAAAGAUUGUAUUUGAGAAGGUUUGGCUCUUUAUUCACGUUAUUGUUGUCAUAACAACAGUACAGAUUUUCGUCCAUCUUUUCAACUUAUUUCCUGAAAUAAAACUUCUUUUUAAUCCAAGGACCCUUUACUAGUGCAUACUAUGAAAAACCUAUUGCUAAACGUUUAGGUUCCAACCCUUUGCUGUUUCUGUGAAAUGUGGAUGAUUGAUUUGAUUGGCUAUGAUAAGCCGUUAUGUUGUAUUGCCCAUGCAGAGUUACCUGUAUAUAACCCUGAGUCUAUCCUUAAGGCCCCAUGAGUUUUAUACACAGUUAAUAAAUACAGAUAAAUGUACCUGUGUGAAGGAGUGAAUAUGAACCAAUUUGUUUUUAUUCACUGCUGGUGUGUAGAUGAUUUGGAGAACAAUGCAAAAGUUGUUACCAAAUGAAAAUACCUGUAAAGAUUGUAUUAAAACCAGUAAAAAUUGUUUUAAUAAAUUUGCGUGAACUAUGAACACAAAUUGAAA